AAAGUAUCUUCUUACGUCAUCACUGUGCGACUGCGGCUCAACGUGACGAUCAACAUGUGAAGAAAACAUGCAGCUUCUCAGACUUUUCAGUUGUGGUAGAUUCAACUGAUUUAGUUUUUAGGGACUCGUGUUUGGUUCAAAGCGUGUUCUGGUUCCGGUCGUGUACGUUUCGGAGCACAGAGGAGGCUAACUGUCGCGUUAGCUAAGCUAGCUUUACUUUCUAUAGCUUUUGCCUGGGACUUUUCCUGCGGAUCAAAACAUGGAUCCUGCCGAUGAAAACAUCGUAGAGAUCCACGGAGAUGAAGAAAUCAUCGAAGUCUUCGAUCUAAACGAGACCGAACCAGAACCAGAGGAUUUGGCUGAUGAGCUGGACAAUGUGGACUUUGAAGAGGAUGACCAUAAGGACGACGAAGGCUGGGAGACGGAGGACGAGAUGGAAGCUGAAGCAGAACAAGAUGACAGCGAGCUCACCUUCUCCAAACACACAGGUUCUGUGUUCUGCGUGAGUCUGGACCCGGCGACUAACAGCCUGGCGGUGACCGGAGGAGAAGACGAUAAAGCUUUUGUGUGGAGGGUGAGCGAUGGCGAGGUUCUGCUGGAGUGCACCGGUCAUAAGGACUCGGUGACAUGUGCCAUGUUCAGCCAUGACUCGUCCCUGGUGGCUUCAGGCGACAUGAGCGGCCUGAUCAAAGUCUGGAAGGUGGAAACCAAAGAGGAGAUCUGGUCGUUUGAAGUGGAAGAUCUGGAGUGGCUGGACUGGCAUCCCUGCGCUCCGGUGCUGAUGGCGGGAACAGACGACGGCAGCGUGUGGAUGUGGAAGGUCCCGGCGGGAGGCUGCAAGACCUUCCAGAGUCCGGGGUUUCAGGCCACGACCGGGAAGAUCCUCCCCGACGGUAAGCGGGCGGCGGUGGGAUAUGAGGACGGGACGGUGCGCGUGUGGGACCUAAAGCACGGGAACGUCAUCCACGCAGUGAAAGGACAGGACAGCCACGUGGGGGCGCUGACGUGCCUGGCGUGCAACAAGGACGGCUCCCUGCUGCUGACGGGUUCAGUGGACGGCUCCGCCAAACUCAUCAACACCAGCACCGGAAAGGUGGUGGGAACGUUGACGGUGGAGGGGGGCAAGGCCGAAGGAUCCCAGGACGAGGAGGAGUCCAACUCCGUGGAGUCCGUGGGGUUCUGCAGCAUCCUUCCUCUGAUCGCCGUGGCGUUUCUGGACGGGACUCUGGCCGUCUUUGACCUCUCCACACAGGCGCUGAGGCACAAGUGUCUCCACCAGGCCGGCAUCGUCCACCUGCAGUGGGAGGAGUCUUCCCCGGUGGUGUCCACCUGCAGCCUGGACGGAGCGCUGCGCUUGUGGGACGCGCGCUCCGGCGGCCUGCUGUCGGAGUUCCGCGGCCACAGCGCCGAGAUCCUGGACUUCGCCGUGAACAGGGAGGCGUCGCUCGCCGUCACAGCCUCAGGAGACAACCGGGCCAAAGUCUUCUGCCUGCAGAGACCCGACCGAUGAGAGGAGGCGCCGCUGGGAUCAGUGUUCUGGUUUCAUCUCUGACCCGAUUGUUUCUUUUUGUUCAUCCGUUGGGCUUUUCACCCUGAAGAGAUUUUAAAAACCAAAGAAUCCUGAUUUACUUUAGUUCAGGUUUGAUUCUGUUGGAAGAUGUUGAAUCCUAUUUGAAGGUGGAUGAUUAGAAAUCCUCGUUUUUCAUGUAAAUACAGUUAAUCUGGAUUAAACUUCUUUUCCGUCGCA